ACUGAGCCUGUGGUGCUUGCACCUUACUUUUCCGACGCACAACUUUGGAAAUCAUGAUUUGUCCGUGUGAAAACAUCGGGGAUGAUGUGAAGUCUUUUAUCACCGUUUUCUGGGUCACAUUCAGCGUCUGUUUCCUGGUUGUUCACGGACAGGCAGGUGAUGGCUGUGGGCGCACACUGCUGGGGACAGAGUCUGGCACUUUGGCCUCUCAGAACUAUCCAGGGACAUACCCAAGUAACACUCGAUGUACAUGGACUGUCCGUGUGCCAGAAGGCCACACGCUGCAACUGUUGUUUGGGGAUUUUGACGUUGAGAGCAGUCCGGGUUGCAGCAAUGGCUCUCUUGUGAUCACGGACAAAAGCGGGGAGCUCAGUCUGGGUCCAGUGUGUGGGAAACUUGACGCAUCACAGAGGAAUAUUACUCUAAAAAGCAAUGAAGUGACAGUAACUUUUAAGUCGGGCCCACAUCGCUCUGGACGAGGUUUUCUGCUGUCCUAUGCCUCAGAUCAGUAUCCAGAUCUUAUUUCUUGUUUACAGCGAGGAUCUCACUUUAGCUCGCAGCGUGUGAGUGUUUACUGCCCUGCUGGAUGUAAGAAUGUCGCGGGGGACGUGUGGGGAAACUCUGAACAGGGUUACAGGGAUACCUCAGUGUUGUGCAAGGCUGCUGUCCAUGCAGGUGCUGCAUCUGACAGUAUGGGAGGUCGUGUCACUGUGACUCGUGAGAGAAGCCUUACACUCUAUGAAGCCACCUUUGCCAAUGGGAUCCUCUCAAAAAUGGGAUCAUUAUCUGAGAAGAAGCUGCUCUUCAGCAGAGAAUGCAACAACAUCCUGACUGUCUCUGGUUUGAAUGCCUCAUCGUUCUCGAAUAAAAACAGUCAGGAGCGCAGAAUGUCGUUGUCGCCCAGAAUCAUGGCUUCUAGUCCUGACUUCCUACUCUGGGCGGCAGACAGUAAUGACCCCAACCCAUGGGUAGAGCUGGAGCUGAGUGAUAGAAGCACCAUCACAGGAAUAAUAACAGUAGGAUCAAAUGAGUACUACACAAACUCAUUCAGCCUUCUUUUUAGCAAAGACAGAAAGAGUUGGAAGCUUUACAAAGAUGCUUCCAGCAAAGAAAAGAAGGUGUUUCAGGCCUAUACCGAUGGUCACCUCAGAGUUCUCAACAGCCUGUUUCCUCCUGUGGUGGCUCGGUUUGUGCGGCUACAGACACAGACCUGGCAUGGCAGAGCUUCAGCUCAGGUCCAGGUCUUGGGUUGUCAUGUUGCAAAGGUCACGUCCAAGUCUCGCGCAGCCGGAGAAUCUCCGUCCGUUAAAGUCAACAUGGGAACACCGCACCCAAACUCCUCUUCAUCCCCCACAGAGAGCCCAGUGUUAGUGGAGACAAGACCGAGCAUCAGUCAGCCAGUAAUAGUGGCAGUGGGAGUGGUCCUGGGGUUGAUAAUGUGUGGCAGUUGUUUGUUGGCUGGAAUCUGGUGGAAAAGAAGAAAAAAAGAUUCACAAAUAAAGUAUUCUCUACCCAAAAGUUGUCAGAGUUUCCAGGCAAAAAGUCUUCCGUGUCCACCAUCCGAGCUUAUAUCCUACCCACUGGAGCGAAAUGUCCACGACCCUCUGCCGAGCCCCCCUCUCAAUGACUAUGCAGAGCCUGCUGUUGGACAAAAGGUCGGGUCAACAUUUAGACGCUCCUCAGACGAGGGCUACACCACCCCCUUCAUCCUGACCCAUUAUGACACUCCGGGCAACCUGCCAGAGUAUGCUGAGCCACUUCCUCCAGAACCAGAGUAUGCCACUCCGUUCAGUGAGCAGCCGUGUGAGCCCAACCUGCCAAUGGGGAUGCUUCACAACAGAGCGCACAGACAUCCUGUGUCGGCACCUGCGUCUGGUGCCAAGACAACAUCCAGCCACACUCCGUACGACUGCCCCUCCCACAGGAUGCUAUCAAACGGCUACUGCACUCCGGCACCACAUGCCAAUGGCCCUCGAUCAACCAGCACAGUCUAUGCCGAUCCCAAGCCAUGUAACUCUUUACUGAUGAACCACACAUAUGAGGAGCCCUUGUGAGCGCAGCCACAGAAUAAGACUCUGUUGAGCUAAACUGUGAAUUGGGACCAGGCAGCCACUUUAGUUGUGGACCCUAAACUGCCCAGUGUUGUCCAGAGUGUCCUCAUGCCUCAAGGAGCUGUACUUCCACUGAGGAAUCACUUUGGUCUGCUGUGCAUAUGCAGGGGUACAGAAUAGUCCAAGAACUGUGGACAGUUGUAUUGUGAAUGCACAGAAAAAACAUCCAGGUUGGGUCUCAGAGAUACUGUUUAUUGAUGUAUUAAGUAAUCACAAUCGGCACUUUCAGAAAACACAUACAGAAAUGUAUGCUUCAGUCUAUGUAACAGGUUAAUACAAAAAAGUGUUACUUGAACUCACAAAACAUUGUAUUGACAAUGUGCAAUUUCAAUGUGUUUUGCACAAGAAAAUGGUACACUGUAACAAAGUGGUAAAGAUGUUGCUGUGAUUUUAUAUAACCACUAGGUGGCUCUGUUUGAACAUCUAACAAUACAGCAUGAACUUGG